AAGGAAUGUCUUAUGUUGUCUUAUCGUGAAUAAUACAGCAGUGAAUAUUCAAGAUUGUUUUAUUUAACGUGAUCUCGUUUACAUACACCAGUCUGAGUGCAGGAGUGUUUUAGUUCAGAAGACGGGAUAAAAACACAAGCCCACGAAAAGAUAAAAACAGACUAUGGAGGAUGACGAUGACAAUGGCCGGCCAAGGCAACCAACCCCUAGCAGUCCUGUUCUACAAAGGAGAGGGACAGCUACCGCCGCACGUCGUGUGCUCGACGAGACUGCCGGUAACCGAGAAGAUAUCAGGUCAGAGAGAAUCCUAUUCACUCCCAGGCAGAGUCGUCGUCGUAGCCGUACCGGUAGUGUUCGAGCAGCUAGGAGUCGGAGCCGUCCACGAAGCCCUAGUGUUGGCUCAGUGACUAGAAGGGACAGCCGAAGUCGUGCACGUAGUCGUAGUCGUAGUUCUCGGCGCAACAAUUUGCUACGAGAGGAGCUGGAGCUCGAGAGACAGCGACUACGUGUUUUAGAAAGUCAACUGAGGAACGAGCGUGAACGGCAGGAGCUUCAGGAACGCGCACGUCUUAGAGAUUCGGAGCUACGUAACCGUAGACGGAGCCCUGGAGUAGGUGAGGGAACCAGGAGGUUCACAGACCUUGCUAUUCGGAGACGGACUCCGGACAGGGACAGCAUGGAGACCAGGAGGUCCAUGGAGCUCCGAAAUCGGAGUCGGAGCCCCCUAAGGGUCAAUGAAAGUACCGGGAGGUACUCGGAGCUCCGAAAUCGGAGACUGAGCCCUGGAAGGGACUGCGAGGACAGGUAUGGUUCAACAUCUCGUCUCUUUGAAGAGUUUUUAAAGGUUAUUAAGAAACAAAAUAAUGAGCAAAAUAACAGCUUUCCUGUCUUAAACAACGUCAUUCCCGACUUUGACCCGCUGAGUAGGGAACAACCAAUUACCGUUUGGCUAAGCAAAGUGGAUGAGUGCGCAGAAAUGUAUAAAUGGAACGAUAGGCAAACUAUCCACUAUGCUUUGCCAAAACUCACUGGUCAUGCAAAAUUAUGGUACCAAGGGUUACCAUCCCUGAAACGAACAUGGCCCGAAUGGAAAGUGCUUCUUACGGAAUCGUUUCCUGCAACCGAGAAUUAUGCAGACUUAUUAACAGAAAUGCUCGCAAAAAGGGCUCGUUUUGGCGAUUCUCUAGAACUGUACUAUUUUUCAAAAGUCAACUUGUUGAACCGCUGCAAAAUUUUCGGUAGGGAAGCUAUUGAUUGCAUUAUACAUGGUGUAGAUGAUAGAGGGGUUAGGGUUGGCGCGCAAGCGGCGCAUUUUGAGAAAACGGAACAGAUUUUGCAAUUCUUUAAAACUGUUAAAGUUCAAACUAAAGAAAAUGCUACAGACCUGAGGAAAGAUAGAAAAAUUCCGAAUAAUACGUCCAGUAAACAAAAUUACCGAACUAGCAGUAGCGAUGCAACUUCUCCUAAACCACGUCCAAAUCCAGAUAAUGUAGUGUGUUUCAAUUGUAAAGAGAAGGGCCACCCGUGUUCUAGAUGCCCAAAACCCAUUGUUAAGUGUUCGUAUUGUCAUUGGGUGGGUCAUUCUAUAAAUGAUUGUCCCAAGAAAACCACUAAACCUGAUAUAAAGGAUAAAAGUGUUAUGAGAGUUCUCCACGUAAAUAAAAAUGACAACAAUAUUCACGAUCUAUUAAGUCAAGUAAACAAGAGGGACGGUAAUAUGUAUGAUUCAUCAAAUGACGAUACCAAUAGUAAAUAUAAGAUGGUCAUUGAAAUCAACGGCCAACCAGUAGCUAGCCACAUAGAUUUGGGCUGCGAAACCACUCUUGUACGUAAGUCAGACGCGGAAACUUUAGGACUUGAGUGGACAACGGUAAAUGACACUGUGUUGAAGGGCUUAGGGCUAAUACCAUACGUCCCAUUAGGACAUACCAAGGCUACAAUUGAUGUUCAGGGAGUUACAGAAAAGGGGGUAGACAUUUAUAUUGUUGACGACCACCUCAUUAAUUGCUCAUUACUGUUAGGACACUCUUAUACAGAACGCCCAAAUAUUUGUAUUAUAAAAACAUGGUCUGAAUUAAGAUUUGUGAGAGUUGAUGAGGACAAUGACACAAAACUGUUACUAAAAGCGGAUAAGGAUGUAAUAGUCACUGAAGGUUCGAUGAGUACAGUUCGUGUCAUUGCGGAUAAACAAUUCAGUGGAAUUGUCUACAUAAACGGCUCUGUCAGAGGAAGUGUCGGUAAUGAAUAUUAUCUUUUACCCGGCGAGUAUGAAAUAAACUUAGGGACAUGUUUGCUACUCCUACAGAAUUUAGGCGCAAAGCCUCUAACUAUUCUCAAGGACUCACUAGUUACGCGGGCCAGAUAUUUAAAUGCGGUGAAACAUGUUCAGAGUGUUUCCGUAACAGCUGAACAGAAAGAGUCCCCGAACGAAACUGCAAUUAGAUGUGGAGAAGAUCUGCCUUCCGAUGUGAAGCAAAAAUUGAGUGAACUCUUAGAUAAAUAUGGGACCUGUUUUUCAACUGGUUUGCGUGAUUUAGGAUUCACAGCUGAAGCCGAGAUGGUUAUCCAGCUUAAGGAUUCGGAACCGGUCGUCUAUAGACCAUAUAGAAUGUCACAUUCAGAGCGACAACUUGUGCAGAAUAUGGUAGAUGACAUGAUUGAGUGCGGGAUAGUCCGAGAGUCUAAAUCACCCUACGCUAGUCCGAUUGUUUUAGUGCACAAGAAAUCGGGUGAGAAGAGACUUUGUGUCGACUAUCGCGCACUCAAUAAUAAAACAAAACGGGAUCACUAUCCCCUACCCCGAAUAGAGGAUUUACUGGACCAGUUGUCCGGACAGACUGUGUUCACAACUCUAGAUCUUGCGUCGGGGUACCAUCAGAUACCCAUUGCGGAGGAGUCUAUAGAGAAAACUGCGUUUGUCACGCCAGACGGACAAUACGAAUAUACUCGGAUGCCGUUUGGCUUGGCAAACGCGCCCGCAGUAUUUCAGAGGGUAAUGCAUAAGGUCCUCGCCAAGAUCAAAUAUGUCGUUAUUUAUAUGGACGACAUUUUGAUCCCAGCCGCUUCAUUUGAGGAAGGGUUGACUCGGCUGGAAGAAGUUCUCAAGGUGCUGCAACAAAGCGGUCUUACUCUUAAAAAGCAAAAAUGCAACUUCUUCCAACAGAGUAUUGAGUUUUUGGGAUUUGAGAUAAGUAAAGAGGGUGUUAAGCCUGGCUUACAGAAACUAUGA